ACUUCUAGGACCCUCGGUUUCUCACCAGGAUGAACCUACUGGUUUCGUGGCAGCUGCUGUUUUUCCUCUGUGCCAUCUCCUUCAGGGAGACACUAGAAAAGGUGGCUCCCAUGGAGAAUCCUCGAUCCACAGGUAUGAGUUGUCUGGGGAAAAGGGUGGAAGGGAGCAAGCCAACAGCUCGGCCCCCUGGUGCUCCGGGCCGCCUGGGAGCAGAGCCCGCGCGGGAGAAAGACCUGUCCGCCUACAACUGGAACUCCUUCGGCCUGCGCUACGGCCGGCGGCGGGCGGCUGGGGGGCUUCCAACCCCCCGCUGA